CGCACAAGUGAAACCACUGUUCACGCACAAGCUUCCCGUCUGCAAGCACACGCACAAGCACACACACGCAGAAGCACGCGUAUACAAGCACUACAAGAGUUCUGGGAUUACCAAGCGGCAUGUAUUCAGUGCGCAGAACGUGGUCAAUCGGUGUUGUCCAGCUGCCGGAAAUGUUUCCAGAUUCGGCAACUGUGAAGUGGCUCCGAUGUUGGAUUCUGUUUGCUUCUUUGAUUUCCUACAACACUGAGGCUCAAGAUGACGUGCCCCCCUACUUCAAGAUGGAGCCGGUGCGGACGCAGGUGCACCUGGAGAGGAACCGGCUGGUGCUCACUUGCAUGGCCGAGGGCAGCUGGCCGCUGGAGUUCAAGUGGAUUGGCAACGGGGCGGAGCUGACUCGCUUCUCCCUGGAGUACAGGUACCUGAUUCCCUCCCUGGAGCGAUCGCACGCCGGCUUCUAUCGCUGUAUCGUCAGAAACCGCGUAGGCUCCCUCUUGCAGCGAAGCACAGAAGUGCAGGUGGCAUACAUGGGGGGGUUUGAGGAGGGGGAGCGUUCGCAGGUCGUGUCUCAGGGUGAGGGGGCAGUUAUUGCCCCCCCACGGAUGCACAGCUUCCCCCAGCCGCAGAUCACAUGGUUCCGGGAUGGACGAAAGAUUCCUCCCAGCAGUCAAAUAGCCAUCGCCCUGGACAACACGCUGGUCAUACUGUCCUCUGAGGCUUCUGACGGCGGACGCUAUUACGCACAAGCUGUCAACGACAGGAACGGGGAAAAUAAAACCAGCCAGCCCAUCACGCUGUCUGUGGACAAAGUGGAGGGUCCUGCUGACCCCAUCGCCCCCAAAAUCCUCAUCCCCCCAAGGAACAGCAGUGUGGUGAUAGGGGCGUCAGGGGCUGUGAUGGAGUGUGUGGCUAAUGCCAGACCACUUACAAAGCUCAGUAUAGUCUGGCGGAAGAACGGCGUUGUGGUCAGCAGCGGUCUGAGCGACUUUAACCGCAGGCUGACCAUGGUCUCUCCGACCGUCGGGGACAGUGGGUUCUAUGAGUGCGAGGCAGGGCUUCUCAGCAGCAGAGUGCCGUCCAUCAGGGCCGGGGCUUACCUGCACGUGCUUGAGCCCCCCCAUUUUGUGAAGGAGCCGGAGAAACGCAUCACCGCUGAGAUGGAGAAGGUGGUGGAUAUCCCCUGCCAGGCCAAAGGAGUCCCGCAGCCUGACAUAGUGUGGUAUAAGGAUGCUGUGCCAAUCAGCCCAGUCAGGACGCCCCGGUACAGGGUGCUGGUGGGGGGCAGCCUGCAUAUCAACGGCCUCCUGCCCGACGACACCGGAAUGUUCCAGUGUUUCGCCCGCAACCUGGCCGGAGAGGUCCAGACCAGCGUCUACAUUGCUGUGACCAGCAUCGCCCCCCACAUCACGGCCGGGCCCGCCGACAGUGCGGUGAUUGAUGGGCUGUCCGUCAUCCUCCGCUGUGACACAACGGGCGCCCCCCGCCCUGCCAUCACCUGGCAGAAAGGCGAGCGGAUUCUGGCCAGCGGCUCUGUCCAGCUCCCCCGCUUCACCCUGCUGGAGUCCGGCAGCCUGCUCAUAAACCCCUCCCACAUGUGGGACGCCGGCACCUACACCUGCACGGCCAGCAACUCCCGCGGCAUCGACGAGGCCACAGCCCGGCUGGUGGUGUGGGCUCGAACCCGCAUCACCAGCCCACCUCAGAACCAGAGUGUCAUCAAAGGGACUAAAGCCGUCAUGACCUGCGGAGUGACCCAUGACCCCAGUGUCACCGUCAGCUACGUGUGGGAGAAAGGGGGCGCCGUCCUCAACGUGGGCUCCACUCCCAGGAUGCGUCUGGAGACUGACGGCACGCUGCACAUCUCUCAGACCUGGUCAGGUGACAUCGGGACCUACACCUGCAGGGUGACCUCGGUGGGGGGCAACGACUCGCACAGCGCCAACAUCCGAGUCAGGCAGCUCCCUCACGCCCCAGAGAACCCUGUGGCCCGGCUCAGCCAGUCAGAGAAGAGAGCCAUUAACCUGACGUGGGCGGAGCCUUUCGAUGGGAACAGCCCUCUGAUCCGCUACAUCCUAGAAGUGUCUGAGAACAAUGCUCCAUGGACCGCGCUCCUAGCCAGCAUCGAACCCGAGGCUAGCAGUGUGACGGUCAGCGGCCUCAUCCCAGCUCGGUCCUACCAGUUCCGCCUCUGCGCCGUCAACGAUGUGGGUAAAGGGCCGUUCAGCAAGGAGACCAACCGACUGUCCCUCCCAGAGGAGCCCCCCAGUGCCCCCCCUCAGACUGUAAUCGCGAGUGCGCGCACUAACCAGUCCAUCAUGAUCCAGUGGCAGCCCCCGCCCGAAGCCCACCAGAACGGCCCCCUGCAGGGCUACGUCGUCCGUUACUGCCUGGCGGGGCUCCCGGUAGGAUACCAGUUCAGGAACAUCACUAAUCCGGACCAGACCAACCUGCUGCUGGAGGACCUGAUCAUCUGGACCAGCUACGAGAUCGAGGUGGCGGCCUACAACGGGGCUGGCCUGGGCACCUUCAGCCACAAGGUGACCGAGUGGACACUGCAGGGAGUACCCACAAUCCCUCCUGGCAACGUGCGGGCCGAGGUGGUCAACUCCACCACCAUCCGCAUGUCCUGGAGCGCCCCCAGCCCCCAGUUCGUCAAUGGCAUCAACCAGGGAUACAAGCUGUUGGCAUGGGAACCAGGUCAGGAGGAGGAGGUUAAAGUGGUGACAGUGAGGCCCAACUUCCAGGACAGCGUCCACGUCGGUUCCCUCACAGGACUGAGGAAGUUCACGGAGUACUUCACCUCCGUGCUGUGCUUCACCACGCCCGGCGACGGACCACGCAGUCCACUGCAGCGGCUGCGCACGCACGAGGACACUCCUGGUGCUGUGGGCCAUUUGAGCUUCACAGAGAUUCUGGACACGUCUCUGAAAGUGAGCUGGAGAGAGCCUUCAGACAAGAAUGGUGUUCUCACAGGGUAUCGCAUCUCCUGGGAAGAGUACAACCGCACCAGCACCCGGGUCACGCACUACUUGCCCAAUGUGACCCAGGAGUACCGGGUCACCGGCCUGACUGCCCUCACCACCUACACCAUCCAGGUGGCUGGGAUGACCUCCAAAGGCCAGGGCCUGCUGUCCUCCUCCACCAUCUCCUCUGGGGUCCCCCCAGAGAUUCCUGGCCCCCCCACCAACAUGGCCAUCUCCAACAUCAGUCCCCGCUCCGUCACCCUGCAGUUCAAACCCGGCUACGAUGGCAAAACCUCCAUCUCCUGCUGGCAAGUGGAGGCCCAGAUUGGCGUAGUGGGAGAGAACGAGGAGUGGCUGACCGUCCACCAGCUGCCUAAUGAACCUGAUGCCCGGUCUCUCGUGGUGCCUGACCUCAACCCCUAUACCUUCUAUAGGUUUCGAAUGCGUCAGGUGAACAUCGUGGACACCAGCCCCCCCAGCCAGCCAUCCCGUAAGAUCCAGACCCUGCAGGCUCCUCCUGACAUCGCCCCCAGCAACGUGACCUUGCGCACAGCUAGCGAGACCAGCCUGUGGCUGCGAUGGCUGCCUCUCCCGGAGUGGGAAUACAACGGGACUCCAGAGCUGGUGGGGUACCGGGUUCAGUACAGCCAGGUCAGGCCUCCGGACAGGCUGCUGUACCACGUCAUCCCUGACCGCCUGGAGAGGGAGUUCACCAUUGAGGACCUGGAGGAGUGGACCCAGUACCAGGUCAGCAUUCAGGCGCUCAACGGCAUCGGAGCUGGGCCCUGGAGCCAGCCCAUCCAGGGAAGGACCAGAGAGUCUGUUCCUUCCUGCGGCCCCACCAAUGUCUCCGCCUUUGCGGCCACCUCCAGCAGCAUCCUGGUGCGCUGGUCCGAGGUCCCUGAACCAGACCGCAACGGGCUCAUCCUGGGAUACAAGGUGUUGUAUAAGGACAGAGAGGCAGACUCUUCCCUGCAGUUCUGGACAGUGGAGGGGAACGCCACUCACAGCGCCCAGCUUACGGGAUUGGGGAAGUACAUUCUGUACCAGAUCCAGGUCCUGGCCUUCACCCGCAUCGGGGACGGGCUCCCCAGCUCUCCCCCCAUCCUGGAGAGGACCCUGGAUGAUGUGCCGGGUCCCCCGGUGGGGAUUCUGUUCCCCGAGGUACGGACCUCCUCUGUGUGCCUCACCUGGCAACCUCCCGCGCAGCCCAACGGAAUCAUCCGGGCCUAUCAGGUCGCGUACCGGCUGAAUUCCACCAACAGCAACGCGGCCGUGGUGGAGCUGCUGAGCCCCAGGGCCCGGCGGUACGUGGUGAGCGGGCUGGCCCCGGAGCGGGUCUACGUGUUCCGCGUCACGGCCCAGACGCACAAGGGCUGGGGAGAGGCCGCCGAGGCUCUGGUGAUCACCACGCAGAAGAGGGCCCGCCCACAGCCCACCAGCCGCCCGCUGGUGCCGCAGGAGGAAGUCCAGGCCCGUAGCGUGCUGUUGUCAUGGGAACCGGGCAGCGACGGCCUCUCGCCGGUGCGCCAUUACACCGUCCAGGCCAGAGAGCUGCCGGACGGCAACUGGACAGUUCAUUCAGCCUCAGUCAGCCACGAGUCUACCUCCUACAUCGUGGACCGACUCAAGCCCUUCACUUCAUACCAGUUCAGAGUGAAGGCCACCAACGACAUCGGGGACAGCGAGUACAGCGACCAGAGUGAGGCCGUCACCACCCUGCAGGAUGUGCCUGAUGAAGCUCCCACAAUCCUCUCUGUCACGCCACACACCAUGACAUCGGUUCUGGUACGCUGGCAGCCCCCCCCUGAGGAGAGGAUAAAUGGUGUUCUGUUGGGGUUCCGGGUGCGUUACCGAGAGCUCCACUACGAUCGCCCGCACAGUUUCACCAUCCAAACCAUCAGCAGCCCCUCUGUCAGCUGGGCCGAGCUCACCUCUCCAUACAGCAUGCGCAACCUAAACCAGACCUCACUUACCCAGUACCAGCUGGACAACCUUAGCAAACACAAGCGCUAUGAGAUCCGUGUGAGCAUUUACAAUGCGGUGGGAGAGGGACCAACCAGCACACCCCAGGAAGUGUUUGUGGGGGAGGCAGUCCCCACAGCCCCACCCCAAAACGUGGCCAUCCAAUCAGCCACUGCCACCCAGCUGGACGUCACAUGGGAUCCCCCACCGUUGGAAGCUCAGAAUGGGGACAUUCAGGGGUAUAAGAUAUACUUCUGGGAGUUCCAGCUCCAGAAUGAGACGGAGCGUCAACAGACACUCUUCCUGCCUGAGAGUGGAGCAAAACUGAAGAAUCUUACCGGCUACACCACCUACAUGAUCAGUGUGGCUGCCUUCAAUGCUGCGGGCGAUGGGCCCCAUAGCCCGCCCACCAGGGGGCGCACCCAGCAAGCAGCACCCAGCUCUCCCAGCUUCAUCCACUUCCGUGAGCUCACCACCACCUCCGUCAACGUAUCAUGGGGGGAGCCCAUGCACCCCAACGGCAUGAUCGAGGGGUACCGCCUCAUCUAUGAGCCAUGCACGCCUGUGGAUGGUGUCAGUAAGAUUGUGACAGUUGAUGUGAAAGGCAGUGCCCCACGCUGGAUGAAAAUCAAGGACUUGGUGGAAGGAGUCACGUACAACUUCCGCAUCCGGGCCAAAACCUUUACCUACGGACCCCGUGUUGAGGCCAACAUCACCACAGGGCCUGGAGAAGGAGCCCCUGGCCCUCCAGGGGAGCCCUUCAUAUCCCGCUCCAGCACAGCCAUCACCCUCCACUGGUCCAAUGGGGAUCCCGGACGGGCCCCCAUCACCCACUAUGUCAUCGAGGCAAGGCCUUCAGAUGAGGGACUGUGGGACAUCCUUGUCAAGAACAUCCCAAAGGAAGUGACAUCAUACAGACUUGACAUGAAUACCCUGAAGGAAGGGGUCAGCUAUGAUUUCCGGGUCAUUGGAGUCAAUGAAUAUGGCUACGGUUCCCCCAGUAUGCCAUCACCUUCCAUCUCUGCCCAGAGGGUGGCUCCCUUCUAUGAAGAGUGGUCAUUUUUGGUGGUGACUGCAUUGGUGGGGCUCAUCUUUAUCCUCCUCCUGGUCUUCAUUCUCAUAAUUCGUGGACAGAACAAGAAGUACACCAAGAAAUCAGACCCAGUGUCCUCCUAUCUCCGGCCGGCAAACCCCUCAUCCUGCAAUGCUGUCCCCCUCACCCACGGGGCCAUGGCCAGCCUGGAUGAGGGCCGCUUUCCUGCCCUGGAGCUCAGCAACCGCCGGUUGUCUGCCAAGAACUCCUUCUGCCGCAAGAACGGAGUCUACACGAGAUCCCCCCCUCGGCCUACCCCUGGCUGUCUGCACUACUCUGACGAGGACGUCAGCACCAAGUACAACGACCUCCGAGCAGACAGCAGCAGCCUGACUGAGAAGCCCUCUGAGAUGUCAGAUUCACAGGGCAGCGAGAGCGAGUACGAAGUGGAGGAGGAGCGGCGUAAGACGCACUCCUUCGUCAACCACUACAUCAGCGACCCCACCUACUACAAUUCCUGGAGGCGGCAGCAGAGGAACCUGUCCCGGCCCCAGGCCUAUGGCCAAGCCGAGGCCGAUUCGGCGCGGGCGGACCACCGCUCCUCUCCGCCCCCCCUCCCGCCCCUGCCCCCGUUCCCCCCGCCCCAGCCCAACUGCUCCCCCCAGCCCCAGCCCCAGGCCCCGCCCCAGGGCACCCUGUUCAACUCUAAAGGCAGCCGGACUCCCACCCCGGCCCUGCUGUCGCCCAAUUCUCCCAGCCACCACAACACCCCCUACAGGCCACCGACCAGCCUGGGCCCAGGAGCACAGACCCCCGUCACCGGAUUCUCCUCUUUUGUUUGAUGCGGAAGCACUACAGCGCAGCGUGUUGGGGGGAAAAAAACAAAAAGCAAACAAAAAAAUUAUAAUCAUAGCAACUCUUAAUUUUAGAAUCGUUUUGUCAAUGUCUCUGUUGGUUUCUUCUCUUUUUCCAUUUUGCUUUUUCUUUCCGUUCUAACCGGGCUGUUUAAUGGAAAAUAACAAUUCCACAAUUUUUUCAUGAACGUGAACAGAUCCUUCUUUUUAAGCUUGUGUAUAUGUGUUUGUGUGCAGGAGUGCGUGUGCAUGUGUGUGUUUUCUGAACAUCAGUUUGAACGUUUCUGCAGUUUUACCAGAUGUCUUUAGGUCAGCUGUACGUCUGGGAAUCGAUAAAUCUGAGAAUCUUGGAAAGAAUGUCGCUCUUCUAAAGAUGAGUUAUUUAAAAAUGACUGGCAUCAGUGGACAAGAAGUGGACAGAAGUGUUACAGGCCACAGAAAAUAAGGAUGAAGCGAUGCUCCCUGCUCCUGUCAGUUUGAUUUCGCAAUGAUGAGGACGCCUCCCGGCCACACCACGGUGAUGUAAUUUGACAGUCACACCAGGGUGACAUCACCCCAGCCCGUCGCAUGAAUGGUGACUGCCGUAUGUGCUUCGUUCUUGUUGAUGACAUCAUUGGUGGACAAAAGCCGGCUCUGGUGUUGUGAUUCCUUCGCUUGACUCCGUCUUUGACUCCGUUUCCCCACCCCAACCCAGCCACUACCUUUCCCCUAGGCGUGAAGUCCAUGUUUUAACCAGGUGUAAACAGUGCAGUCAUGGUAACAGUGUUUUGAAAACAGUGCUAUGUGAAGAUGAGAUGCAGUAUCAAAGGGUAAUUCAUGAAACAUAAACCCGGAAUUGUUCUCUCUUGAUUGAACAGCUUGGCAUCAUUAACCAGUCAUAUUACAUUUAGUGCCCUUACAAAACUAUGGCUGGCAAAGUUCAGAUAACAUCACUGUUUUGUGAAUCACCCCCAUUGUAACUGUGUGAGUGGAGCUUUUCAGUGUUUUUAUUCAGCUGAGUACACAAUAACCAGUGUUUUAAUGCCAUUGUUGUCCCCCUUGCUUUAAUCCAUUUGGACAGGGGCCCAUAUGAAAAUGCUGUAUGUGUUAAAUGGAAAACUAUCCAAAAUGAGGAAUAUAUUUUUCAAAAAUGCGCAAAUAUAUUGAUGGAUUGUGCUGCUAAGUUUGCUUGAUACUACUUUUCCAUUGCAUCACAUUUAGGCGUUUAGCACACUCACUUACGCAGAGUGGCACACACAAGUACAUAUAAACAGGUUUUAAUGCAACCAAUAGCCACUGAUUGAUAAUUUAACAACAUUAAGUUAGAUGCAAUAUACGGUGCGAGAGCGUACAUAUGUAUUACUACUCCAUUAUUUAUUACUGACUGAUUUGAAAUGGUUAAAUUUUUGCCACCUCCAUAUCAGCCUAUUCCUCAAUUACAUGUGAAACUGUAAAUUAACUGUUCAUUGUUACGUUUAAACCCAUUUAUUUUUCCUUUUUGUUAUUACAGACAGUGUUUGUGUUCCACUUCUGCAUCUAGUUGGAUUUUGUGUCAGAAUCAGCAUGAGGCAGUGAAGGCUCAUGGGCAGCAUACUCCACUUUUAUUUCUCUUCUGUGUUUCCAUAGCAGAUGGGAAAUGCAACUUGGAAUGACGGCUGGAACAUAAAGUCUCCAUCAGAA